UGUUUUGUGUCGCUGUGCCAGGUUGUGGUGUUGCUGAGUGUGUGAGCAGCCCGUGAGAUCCGCUUCCGGGCUGUAAUUGUAUUUAUUGUCAUUAAUAAAUGAGUUGUGUGUUUGGUUAUGACGCUGUCUCCGAUUAAAGACGGUGAAUUCACCGCCACCGUUUAUAAACUGAUUAAAGAUGGACGCUAUGGAGACGCGAUACACAUCCUGAGCAAUGAACUUCAAAAACACAUGAAAUCCAGAGCCGCUCUGUCUCUGCUGGGUUACUGCUAUUAUCACGUGCAGGAUUUUACCAAUGCAGCAGAUUGUUACGAGCAGCUCAUUCAGCUGCACCCGGAGGUGGAAGACUACAAACUGUACUACGCCCAGUCCCUGUACGGAGCAUGUGCUUUCCAGGACGCAAUGAAAGCCACGUUUCUUCUGGACAGCCCUACAAGUCACACCCAGAUGAUCAAACUCCAGGCUGCGAUAAAGUACGGAGAGGAAGACUUUCCAGCAGCGAUGGCUUUAGUGGAGCAGCUGCCCGUGGACGACCCGGACACCGAAGUGGAUCAAGGCUGCUUGCUGUACAAGCUCGGAGAAUACGAGAAGGCCUGCGCCAAGUUUACAGGCGCCAUGCAAGUACUGGGCUACCAGCCAGAUUUGGCCUACAACAUCGCUCUCUGUCACUACAGCCUCAAGCAGUACGCCGCAGCCCUCAAGUACAUCCGGGAGAUCAUCGAGCGCGGGAUCAGGGAGCACCCAGAACUCGGAGUUGGCAUGACAACCGAAGGGAUCGAAGUGAAAAGCGUGGGAAACACACUCGUGCUGCACGAGACGGCCUUGAUCGAAGCCUUUAACCUGAAAGCAGCCAUCGAAUACCAGCUGAAGAAGUAUGAUGACGCUCAGGAAGCGCUGACUGACAUGCCACCCAGAUCCGAAGAGGAGCUCGACGCUGUCACACUUCACAACCAGGCCCUCAUGAACAUGGACUCCAAGCCAACAGAAGGCUUCGAGAAGCUCGCCUUCCUCCUGCAGCAGAGCCCUUUUCCUCCCUCCACCUUCGGCAACCUGCUCCUGCUCUACUGUAAAUACGAGUAUUUUGACAUGGCUGCUGACGUGAUGGCUGAAAACGCACACCUCACCUACAAGUUUCUUUCGCCAUACCUGUACGAGUUUCUGGACGCCAUGCUGACGAGUCAAACCGCUCCAGAGGAGGCCUUCCGGAAGUUCGACGACAUGGCAGGAAAACUGACGGAGCAGUUACGCAAGGUCACCAAACAGGUGCAGGAAGCACGACGCACCCGGGAUGACGAAGGUCUCAAAAAAGCAAUUGAGGAUUAUGAUCAGCUUCUCGAAGAAUACAUCCCUGUGCUGAUGGCACAGGCAAAGAUUUACUGGAACCGCGAGAACUACAACAUGGUGGAGAAGAUUUUCCGUAAGUCGGUGGAGUUCUGUAACGAGCACGACACGUGGAAGCUGAACGUGGCCCAUGUGCUCUUCAUGCAGGAGAACAAGUACAAAGAAGCGAUCGGGUUCUACGAGCCCAUCGUCAAAAAACACUACGAUAACAUCCUCAACGUCAGCGCCAUCGUUCUGGCGAACCUGUGCGUGUCGUACAUCAUGACGAGCCAAAAUGAAGAGGCAGAGGAGCUGAUGAGGAAAAUCGAGAAAGAGGAAGAGCAGAUCUCGUACAAUGACCCAGACAAGAAGGUGUUUCAUCUGUGCAUCGUUAACCUGGUGAUCGGGACUCUGUAUUGUGCGAAAGGCAACUACGACUUCGGGAUUUCUCGCGUGAUCAAGAGCCUGGAGCCGUACAACAAGAAGCUCGGGACAGACACAUGGUUCUACAUUAAGAGAUGCUUCCUGUCGCUGCUGGAGAACAUGGCCAAGCACAUGAUCAUGCUGAGGGACACCGUGGUGCAGGACUGCAUCCAGUUCCUGGAACACUGUGAGCUGUACGGGAAAGACGUCCCCGCCGUCAUCGAGCAGCCUCUGGAGGAGGAACACGCACACAUCGGGAAAAACACGGUGACGUACGAGGCUCGCACGUUGAAGGCGCUGUUCUACGAAGUCAUCGGAUGGAACGACUAGCGAGUUUUCCUGAAGCCAAUCGUGGCUCAGAUUUCACACAAAACACCAAGAGGCACUGUUUAUAGUAUUUAGUCAUCCAGUGUAAAAAAAUGGUGUGUCUGAAGAAAUCCGGAAUAUUCCACGUUUAUUUAUUGUUUAUCACCACAAGAAAAAAUAUGGACUGUUAAAUAAAAAAUUUAUAAAUAUUUUUCUAUAGAAUAAACACGUGCUGAUUGUUA